AUGGUCCUGGGUUUGUUGGAGGUCCUGGUUCUCUUGGAGGUCCUGGGUCCGCUGGGACAUCUGGAGGUCCAUCUGGAGGUCCAUCUGUAUCAGGUCCAGGUGGAGGUGUUGUUGGGAAAUGGGCACAAGUUGAUGAAUGGAGCACCAGCUGAUAUUGGGCCAAUCACAGGUCCAGACCCGAGCCCAGAACCUGGCCUAGGCCCAGAACACAGUCCAGACCAUGGUCCAGAUCCUGGCCAAAACCCUGGCCCAGAUCCCGCCUCCCACGACUUCCUGUUGAGCCUGCUGGGAGGUUCUGACCCGUUUGGACCUGAGCUCAGCACAAAACUCCCCAUCUUCCAAUCAGGAUCUGACCCAGCAUGGAUCAAGACAGUUCCAGUCAUGUCUUCAGCUUUGACUUUGGCACCUGAUCCUGCUGCAGCUCUGGACCCAGCAACUGGCCAUGCCUCUCCUCCUGCUCUUGGACAAUCACAUGUGUCCUCUGUGGUGGACCCUGCCUUCCCAGAUUCACCGGACUCUCCUGACUACAACGGAAAUGGUCGACUGACUGUUCUCUCCCAGAGUGUUACUCAUGGAACCCCUGAAGCCCGGACCGUGGAUCUGCUGGUGCCACAUGAUCUUCAGGGAAAUAUGGAUCUCGCUACCAGUUUUCCAUUUGAGCUCACAGCCUCAGGACUUGGAGUUGGACCAGACGCCACAGAACCGUCUCACGUGUUGCUUCACACAGAAUCAGUGGCUCACAUUACUCAUCUGAUGUCAACAGGUGUCUUUUCACAGACAGACCUUGUUACUGCGGUGACAGAGACAGCAACAGACUCAGCGACAGACUCUGGAACAGCGGCUGUCACUGAUUUGCCCGUCACAAAUACACAGCCUGUCGAUGACAUCCAGGAACCAGGUCCAGACCCAGGUCCAGGCACAGAACCGUACAACUCUCAGGGUCCUGAAGGUUCAGAAAAUGUGGAACUGGAGGAUUCCUGCUGA